UUCUUCUUCCCAAAACCAAAAGCUCAAAGUUAGACAUUUGAAGCGACGUCGUUUUGGUGCUAGCAGAAUGUUCGGUAUUUCAUACGGCGAGCUCUUCCUCCUGAUCGGCGCCACCGCCGCUCUAGUCGGACCUAAGGACUUGCCAAGGAUUGCGAGAAUGGCGGGGCGGUUAACGGGUCGGUCAAUCGGGUAUGUCCAGCUGGCCCGGGGCCAAUUCGACAAUGUGAUGCAGCAAUCUCAAGCUCGCCAGGUUCAAAAGGAGCUUCAAGAAGCGCUUUCGCAGUUGGAUUCGAUUCGGUAUGAAGUAAGGAGCCUGUCGCUUAUGAAUCCCGGUCCUAUGACUCGAAAGCUGAUGGAUAAUGCUGAGGAAGUUGCCACUCCACGUAAUGGGGCUAGUAGUUCAGUUGAGAAUCCUAAGGAGGAAGUGAAGUCGACGGCUAGUGUGAUAAAGGAGAAUAUUAACUUCAGAACCUCGGAAUCACUUAAUAUGCAUACACAAGCCUCUGCGUAUGCUAAAUUGGCGGAAUCUGCUGCUGUGAAAGCUGGAAGCAGUGAAGAGAAAGAGAGCCUUAUUGAUGAAAAUGGUCUUUUCCCUGUUCUCCCAAUUUCAGCUGAACGCGCUGGAAUGCUACCAAAACGCAAGGAAAACAUUGAAGGAUCAGACAUUGUGUUGGAAGCGGUAGUUGAAGCAGAGGUAGCUCGUAACGCCAAAAAUUUCUUUUCACAGCCUGAAAAUCAAAUACAAUGAAGACUAAAGGUUGAACUGAGAUUGUUUGAUAUGUAGAGAAGAGAUAUGUUUUUCCGUGGCAUCUUACCCAAGAAAAUCUUUCUUCCAGUAUUUCCUUCUGCAGUCUAAUGUGAGUAUAUUUGUAGUUCAUAGUCACUAAUGCAUGUGCC